AUGUUAAAAAAGUUGGUGGACCUCGCGUUCGUCAACCGAGUGAUAAAGCAAACCAAGCUCGUGUUGAGCGAUGUAGACGACAAUGAUUUGGAGAGUAUAGUGGAGAUGGUAUGUGACGUGGCGGAGAGUUCGGCGACGCGCGAGGCGUUCAUUGCAGCGUCGGAGGAGUGGGAGUUGCCGGUGGAGUUCCGGGAGAGUGUGUGGCGGUUGUGCAGCCGGUUAAGUUCGGCGAAGAACCCGCGGUACCUGGAGCGGUUUCGGGAGACGCGGCACGAGGAGGUGCCGGUACAGGUUUUGUCAAGUUUUCCGGGGUUAUCAUUAUCAAAUUGCACACCUGCCUGUCUGCAGGAAGAGCCGUCCCGAGGGGAGGGAGAAGUGCCGUUGGGCUUGGGUCCGAUGAGUGGGAUUCCGUUGGAGCUCAUGGAGGGUCUGCAGGUGGCACAGGAAGAUGAAGAGGACGACGAGGGAGGGUGGGGACGCAGUUCAGGGGGUGGCAACUCAACGGGUGGUAACUCAGUAAGGGGCGACGCGGGAAGAAUGGGUAGGCGGAAGCGGCCGUUGAGCGACUACGAGCGUUGGGAGUUGAUGCAGUUACAGGCGAGUGGAGUGGCAUGCGAGACGGUGGUGGAGGCGCCGCCGGCGCUGGAAGAGAGUGUGUUGGUUGACAUCGAGGUGCGUGCGGUGGAGCCGAAGUUUUUGAAAGGUCAAACGGUACGUAGCGGUGUGAAGGCGGACGGCGUUUCGUUGUUGGGGGCGCCGGACGGCACUCUGGCGAGGUCGGCGGCGACGAGUGGCGUUCUGGCACGAGAGCGGCGUGAAGCAGCUCGUGAAUCGCAGCAGGAUCGUGGACGGCCGUGGGAAGCGAGCAACGAGCGGGCUUUGCGCCGGCAGAGAAGGUUCGUGGACCUGCGAUCAUUGGGCCCACGAGAGGACAAGUCAAUAGCGCAAAGACGGAGAGACUUGCCCAUUUUCAGUCUGCGUCGAGAGUUGUUGGACGCGGUGGCGAACCACCAGGUGUUGGUGAUGAUUGGCGAAACGGGCAGCGGCAAGACCACGCAGUUGCCCCAGUACUUGGCGGAGGCGGGGUACGGGGAGCGGGGUAUCGUGGCUUGUACGCAGCCACGAAGAGUAGCUGCCACCUCGAUCGCACAACGGGUGGCCGACGAAUACGGCUGCCGACUAGGUCAGGAGGUUGGGUACACCAUCCGGUUUGACGAUAUGAGCAGCGCGGAUACCCUAAUUAAGUAUAUGACCGAUGGCAUUCUGCUGCGUGAGUGUGUGCUCGACGUCUCGCUGCCCAAAUAUUCGGUCAUAAUCCUCGACGAAGCACACGAACGGACUAUCGCCACAGACGUGUUGUUUGGCCUGCUUAAAACGCUCGUGACCAAACGACCUGAUCUAAAACUUAUCAUUACUUCCGCCACUCUCGACGCGGAAAAAUUUAGCGCCUAUUUCAACGACGCACCAAUCUUCAUCAUACCUGGACGUUCCUACAAAGUCGAUAUUUACUACUCUAAAACCGCCGAACCCGACUACCUCGAGGCCGCUCUGCUCACGGUAAUGCAAAUCCACUUGACCGAGCCGGCGGGCGACAUCUUAGUCUUCCUUACCGGACAGGAAGAGAUCGAAAGCGCCUGUGCCGCAUUGCACAACCGUAUGGAGGCUCUUGCGGACCAGGAUCCGCCGCCCCUCAUCAUCCUGCCCGUGUACGCCUCGCUGCCAUCAGAAAUGCAGACUCUUAUUUUCGAACCCCCGCCUCCCGGGUCCCGAAAGUGCGUGGUAGCCACCAACAUUGCAGAGGCCUCCCUCACCAUCGAUGGCAUUAAAUUUGUCGUAGAUCCGGGCGUCGCUAAAGUGAAAGUCUACUCCGCCAAAACGGGCAUCGAGUCCCUCACCGCUGUCCCCAUUAGCCAGGCCAACGCCAAACAACGAAGCGGUCGCGCAGGACGUACUGGACCGGGCAAGUGCUUCAGACUUUACACGGAAGACGCCUUUAACAACGAAAUGCUACCCACCGCUGUCCCAGAAAUCCAGAGGUCGGAACUCUGCUCCACUGUUCUACAACUUAAGGCUUUGGGUGUCAAUGAUUUACUUCAUUUUGAUUUUAUGGACGCUCCCCCGGUUGUUAAUCUGAUUCAAGCCCUCGAAACUCUGUAUGAGCUUAAGGCACUGGACGACGAUGGAUAUCUUACCACACUCGGGAAACGCAUGGCCGAAUUCCCCAUGGAACCGCAGAUGGCAAAGACAUUGCUUGCGGCAUUGGAUUUGGAUGUAGGAACAGAACUCAUCACCAUAAGCAGCAUGCUUCAAAUAGAGAAUAUAUUUUAUAGACCACGAGAUAAACAGGAGCAGGCAGAAACCAAAAAAGGACAAUUUGUGAGCAUCGAUGGGGAUCAUAUUACAUAUCUAAAUGUUUACAAUGCCUGGAGUGAGAGCGCAUUUAGCAAAUCAUGGUGUUACGAGAAUUUUAUCCAAUAUUCAAGCAUGAGGAAAGCUCAAGAAAUAAGGAAACAACUCAUCAAUAUAUUAUGCCGAUAUUCCCCGAAGUUCAGGGACAGUAUAAGAUUCGAAAAUCAAUCUAGCACGCGCGUGUCCAAACGAAAAUCAGAGAAAAUUCGACAGGCUAUAUGCGCUGGAUAUUUCAGAAAUGUCGCCAAAAAGGAUCCCCAAGAAGGGUACAAAACCUUGCUGGAAGAUCAACAAGUUUUCUUGCAUCCCAUGAGCAGUAUUUACUCAAUACAAAGCCAGUAUGUCCUCUAUCAUCGAUUAAUGCUAACAACGAAGGAGUACAUCAAAGACUGCUGUGUAAUAAAUCCAAAAUGGCUUACAGCCAUUGCUCCGCAUCUGUUCGAAGAGACAAAUCCGAAUAAAUUAACUGCGAAAAAGUUGAAGGAUAAAAUUCAACCUCUUGCUAACAGACAUGAAGACCCGAACGCCUGGAGGUUGAGCAGACGAAGGAUUUGA